AUGAUGAAGAUCACCAUUGCCGUCCUCGCCCUAUUCGCUGUUGCCGCGUUCGGUUACGAGCACGAACACCACGAUUACCAUUCGCAUCCGAGCUACAAGUUCGAGUAUGGAGUGAAGGACCCCCACACCGGAGACCAUAAGAGCCAGUGGGAACACCGGGAUGGAGAUGUCGUCAAGGGAGCGUACAGUCUGCACGAAGCCGACGGAACCGAGCGAGUGGUCGAGUACUCCUCGGACAAGCACAACGGAUUCCAGGCUCAUGUGAAGCGAGUCGGACAUGCUCACCAUCCGGAAGUGUACGGACACCAUGAGGGAGGACACUCGUAUGGAGGUCAUGGCCACGGACACGCCAACAGCUACGCCAACGGCAACCUGUACCAGCAUCAUCAUCCACAGCCCAACCAACAUCGCAUCAAAGGACAACACCAAAGAACCCUUUCCAAAAUGAUGAAAAUCACCAUCGCCACCCUCGUCCUGCUGGCCGUUGCCGUGUUCUGUUAUGAACACGAACACCACGAUUACCAUUCGCAUCCGAGCUACAAGUUUGAGUAUGGAGUGAAGGACCCCCAUACCGGAGACCACAAGAGCCAGUGGGAACACCGGGAUGGAGACGUCGUCAAGGGAGCCUACACCCUCCACGAAGCCGACGGAACCGAGCGAGUGGUCGAGUACUCCUCGGACAAACACAACGGAUUCCAGGCUCAUGUGAAGCGAGUCGGACAUGCCCACCAUCCGGAAGUGUACGGACAUCAUGAGGAAGGACACUCGUACGGAGGUCAUGGCCACGGACACGCCAGCAGCUAUGCAAAGCUGGACCAACAUCAUCAUUAA